CCGCCACCCAAAGGCUGGCCCUGGCAAGGAUUGCAAUACACAAAUAGUUUAAAUCCAAGAAAAAAUGGCAAUGGCGAGUUUUGCCAGAUGAAAGUCUUCGUUACUUUCUCUCUCUAGGAACCUCUACAAUUCCUCCUCCCAUGACGCUCUUCGCUACUCUCUCUAACCUCUUUCUCCAGAGGCUUCGCGUCGGGAUUUGACGACAAUGACGUCGUGGUGGUCGGCGGCGGCCCAGGUGGCUACAUCCUCGCCAUUAAAACCACUCAGCUUGGGCUCAAGAUUACCUAUAUCGAGAAGCGAGGCGUGCUCGGCUGCAUGUGCCUCAAUGUGGGUUGCAUUCCUUCUAAGGAGGAGUCCUUUCCCUGAAUUUGGAACAAGGUUUCAGAUACAAUGGCUUCUUGAGGGCAAGGAGACUCUCUUUGGAUGCACAACAUCCCUAGGUUGGCUUGAGUUUCAUUUGGAUACCUUUUGUAUAUUUUUGACAUGCAAGUAUUGGCAUGAUAUAGCUCUUUUUGAAGUAGUUAAUGUAUAACUUAUUUAGAAGCAUGCCUUGCUUCCUUUUGGAUGUGUAAUAUGAACUUAAGUACUCUAUUUUGGUGCUACUUUAAUUUGUAUGUAAUGAGGCCAAGGACUAAGAACUUUCUAUGUAUGUA